UUCUCAAAAAAAAAAAAAAAAAUUGUGCUUUCCCUUUCUGCUCGAUCUCUUAGGUUUCAAUUCCAAAGAUGGCAACUCUGUCUCAACCAACGUUGUUUCAGGAGAAGGAAAAUCUUGAUCUCAAUGGUAAUCUUUCAUUUCCUUCUUCUUUUCAUGUUUCAAAUUGUUCUUCUAACCCUAAUUUUGCCAGAGCACUGAGUGUCAAUUCCAAUUCCAGAAAGCUCCACUUGGUUCUUGAUCUUGAUCACACACUCCUCCACACCACUCAACUCUGUAAUCUGACACCUGAAGAAGACUAUCUCAAGAUCGGAACCCAUCCUCAUCGAGAUGUUUUCGUGCUUGAAACUGUGAUCACCAAGCUCAGGCCCUUUGUCAGGAGAUUCUUGGAUGAAGCCAGCAAGAUGUUUGAGCUGUAUAUAUACACAAAGGGUAACCGGUACUAUGCGGGUCUAAUGGCUGCCCUGCUUGAUCCUAGGAAGGAGUAUUUCACUUCCGUUUCUAGAGUGAUAUCGUGCGAGGAUCACGGAAUCGUGGGGCGAUAUAAGAGUUUGGAUGCUGUGGUUGGCUGCAAUUAUUCCAAUGUUUUGAUCCUUGAUGAUACAGAAGAGGCAUGGACAAAGGAAAGCCGGGACAAUCUAAUCGUUGUCGACAAGUAUUGUUUCUUUAGGCACAAAAUGGGCCUAGCUAAAUGCAAGUCUUAUGCUGAGUUAAAGACUGAUGAAUGUGGAUAUCUGGCAGCACUUCUUGAAGUUCUUAAGGUAAUCAACCGUAUCUUCUGUGAUGAACUAGCCAGAAAUCCUUCUGGUGUAGAUGUGAGGGAUGUGUUACAACUGUUUGGAAACAAUUGUUGAAGGUUGUUAGGCAUCCUGGAAACAGUUUCUUGACCAAAUCAAGCCGGUGAUCUGCCUAGGAUGGCGGACUGUGCAUUUUUGUAAUGUGUUAGGCAUCUUGGAAGAAGUUGAGACUGGUUUAAAAGAGGAAAAGAAUAUCCCAUUCCAUUUUCUGCUAAAUGCCACUUCAUUCGUUGAGGAUCAAUGCAAACUGACCGUGGCUUUAACUUUUCCGGCCAGAAUAAUUCGUCAAGAGGUUAGUGAUCAUGUAUGGUUUUGUUCUGUUGCUAUCUAGUCACAAACUAUGUUUCUUGCAUAUCAUUUCGUAAUGUUCAUUUGAUAUGUUCUGUAAAGUUCAUUUUGGAAAUAAUUGGUAAUAGGUUUACUACUAAGGUUUACUUGUUUGACAACUACCUCUUGGUUGAAAAUUUAGCUUUUGAUACAACUAGCAUUUUUACCAUAUAGAGAAAGAAAAAAAAAUCAUUAAAAAAAAAAAAAAUCAAUACCUCCCAAGAUAUGCUGUUCAAGUAUGGUUUAAGGAGGAAAAGCAUAUGCAGCCAAGGACAAAAUUAGUCUGAAGGGUUCUAAUAUUAUGUGGUUCUUUCAUGAACUCCCAUGUUUUUCCUACUUAUGUUGUAAGCUUCAAGGCCUUUCCUUUCUUGAAGGAUUAUCCAACAUCUACACAGGGAGCGCUUCUACUAGUGCAUUUAUUUAGAGGAGAACUGCUAGUACUAAUGCUAUUGCUGCUUUUAGAGAAUGACAGCUACUCAAAUAGUUGAUGUUCCUCUGCUGUUGACCGUGCUCACAAGGCUCUUACCUCCUUCACAAAUGGCCAUUCUUGUCAAAUUGCUUAACGAUUACAGGGCAAAGAAAAGUAGCCAACAAAAGCUGAAUCCAAUAGUGAGACUCGUCGUGUGUGAAAAGGACGAGAGUGUUAUGCUACUGCUCUGAUGCUUACCAAAAGCCUCAACAAUUUCAAGGGAAAUAAGAUAACCCCACCCCAGCUGGUCUGAAGGUGAGACUGAUAGUUGGUUCGAUUGUGCAAAGUCCUUUGAUUUCAGUAAUCAAAUCUUUCUGGAGAAAGCAGAAGCAAGACCAAGCCACGGGGUGAUGAUUCAAAUUCUUUGUUCAACAGCUUCCCCUUGGAGAUAUAUAGUUAUCGUUUAGUUAGACUCCAAUAGUUUAUUUCCAUGUUAACAAACUGUAAAGACAAAUGUUUUUUUAGUGCACUUAAUUACAUCCCCUGAUGUAAUAUGCGUACAUUAUUUUGCUCGAUAUGCUUUUAGUUGUAAUGCUAUUGUCGUGUGGGAAUAAUAAUAUUUGUGGGUUCAA